CAGGAUGCGGCCGUUCACGUGGCUAGCGGGUUCAUAUGUGGCGGGGCGGGCGCGGGGCGCCGACACAGGAGACGCUGAGCUCCGCAGCGAGGACAUCUUUUUCUGGCGCCAUGGGGCGCGGUGGAGCCGGGAGAGGCGCGAGGAAGGGCGAGGCGGCCCCGGCAGCGAAAGGGGACGGAGGCACUGCGGGAUCCAAAGGGCGAGGGGAGGGCAGACGGGGCGACGAGGGAGACCGGCGGGCAUCGCAGCAGGCGGGGAAAGGAGUUGCUGCCUCAAGUGGGAGGAAAACGUCCCAGAAGAAGAAGGAGCCGGACCAAGCUAAGAGCAAACUUGCUCCCGAGGAGCCUGGCUUGCGGCAGGCGCUGGGAAAGCUCGCGCUCGGUGCAGGGGAGCGCGCCGACGCCGAGGAACCCCUGCAGGCAGCGAACGGCGCUGCUGCCCAAAGUGGGAAGAAAGGCUCCCAGAAGGAGCCGCCGGAUCAGGGGAAAGCCGUAGGGGGGGCCCGGAGGAAACUGAAGAGCACAUUUGCUCCCGAGGAGCCUGGCGCGAACGGCAUCCCAAGCCUGAUACAGGCGCUGGGAAUGUGCACCAUCUUGGCAGAGGAACGGCCCAAAGCCGAGGCAGCAAACGGCGCUGCUGCCCCGAGUGGGAAGAAAGCUCCCCGGAAGGAAAAAGGCGCGCAAAAGGCGCAGGAAGCCGAGCCGGCUAUGUGUGCUCUGGUAAAAGUAGAGCCCGCCCCGCGAGGAAGCGCAGUAGUUGCCCCCAACAAGCGGGUCGCUUCCCAGAAGGCGAAGCCUCUCCCCAAAGAGGAGGAAGAAGUCGGCCAGCCAGGCAAAGAAAGCGCCUCCACAGGGAGGAGAGCGUCCCGAGAGAGAGAGCAGGAGAAGGCGGGGAAGGAGGCCGGCGCCCGAGGGAAGCUGCUUCCCAAGGAGCCUGGCCCGAGGGGCAACCGCAGCUUGAGGCAGGUGCUGGAGAAGCUCAGGCUAGCUAAAGAGGAGCGCUCCAAGGCCGCGCAGCUGGUUAACACGGUCAGGGACAUCCUGGUAAAAGCAAUAAAGAGUGAAGCGUGCUUCUCCUGCGUCGAAGUGCUGGGCACCGGCAGUUACUACGAGCACCUGAAGAUUUCUAACCCAAAUGAAUUUGAUAUUAUGCUCAAAGUACCAGAUAUGAGAGUUGAACUAGAACCCUGCAAUAUUGCUGCUUCUGGUGCUUUCUUCUAUGUAAAAUUGAAAAGGAACCCUGGAGAAAAGGCCUAUCUAGCUAAAUUUUUAGAUGACAAAAUGCAUCUUUCAUCUUCUGAUAUGCUGUCAGCACUGAGGAACAUUAUUGUAGAAGAAGUAAAAAAAAAUAAGGAUCUGAAUGGGGAAGUGCAUGUAGAGAGAAAGAAGCCUGGAUGCCCAGCAGUAACCGUUCUCAUUGGAAAGCCUCCCUCCGUUAUAUCAGUAGAUAUCAUUCUUGCUUUGGAAUUUCGGCACCGGACCUGGUGUGAAAGUACAAAGAAUGGCCUGGAUAUUACUGGAUGGCUAGGAAGAAAAGUAAAGAAUGCCUUUUUAAAUGAACCACUCUACCUCGUGCCCAAGAUUGCCAAAGAUGGAAAGUGCUUAAUAGAAAACACUUGGCGACUCUCUUUUUCACAUAUUGAGAAGGCUAUAAUGACUAAUCAUGGCAACUCAAAGACCUGUUGUGAAAAAAAUGGACAAAAAUGCUGCAGGAAAGAUUGUCUUAAGCUUCUGAAGUAUUUGCUGGAGCAGCUUAAAACAAAACAUGAAAACAGAAAUCAGUUUGAAAAAUUCCACUCUUACUUUGCCAAAACUGCCUUUCUUCAUGCAUGUACCAAGUGGUCCCGUGAUGAUGAAUGGCUUGCAGCAAAUUUUCACGAAUGUUUCAACAGACUACUGGAUUAUUUCGUGGGUUGUCUCAGAGCGGCCGAGUUAAAACACUUUUUUAUACCUGAGUUCAACUUGCUUCAGACAGUUGAAAAGACAAAAUGUAAUGCACUUGCAAAAGUAAUUGAAAGUGAGCAAAACAAUAUGUUUCCUAUAUUUUUCCUGUAACUUUAAAAUAAAGAGCUACGGUACUUGAAUUCA